AUGGCUGAAUCACGCCUUUUCAAGCCCUUGAAGAUAGGCAACAUGGAAGUGAAGCAUCGUGUCAGCAUGGCUCCUCUCACUCGCCUCCGGGCCACUGAAGACCGGGUGCCAGUGCCUUUGAUGAAAGAAUACUACGGCCAGCGAGCCUCCGUGCCGGGCACCUUGAUUAUUACCGAGGGCACCUUGAUAUCGCCGGCAGCCUGCGGCGGGUUUCCUAAUGCACCUGGGAUUUGGAGCAAAGACCAGAUCGCUGCGUGGAGAACAAUCACCGAUGAGGUCCACCGCAAAGGCUGCUUCAUAUACUGUCAGAUAUUUGCAAUUGGCCGUGCUGCAGACGCUGAACUAGCUAAAAAAGAGGGGGUCACCAUCGUCGGACCAAGCGCCAUUCCAAUCAAAGAUGACGCCCCGAUACCACGGCCCAUGUCAAUUGAAGAGAUCAAGCAAACGGUUCAAGACUUUGCUACCGCCUCGAAGAAUGCAAUUAGCGCAGGAUUCGACGGUGUCGAGUGUCACGGCGCAAACGGCUACCUCGCGGACCAGUUCAUUCAAGACGUUAGCAACACACGCGAUGACGAGUACGGUGGGAGUGUUGAAAACCGGUCGCGUUUUAUCAAUGAAAUCAUGAAGGCCGUCGUUGACGCUAUCGGCCCAGAGCGUGUUGGACUUCGUCUCAGCCCGUGGAGUCUGUUCCAGGGCAUGAAAAUGGAGAACCCAAUCCCGCAAUUCACAGACGUCAUCAACAAAGCUAGCCAGUUAAAUCUAGCAUACCUGCACUUGGUCGAGUCGCGGGUGGCUGGCGGCGAGGAUCAGGAAGGCAGCGAGCGGCUAGAUUUCGCUUACGAGCUCUGGAAUGGACCUCUUCUUGUUGCGGGGGGAUAUAAGCUAGCGACUGCACAGCAACUCGUGGAUGAAGAGUAUCCAGACAAGGACAUUGUGGUCGUGUUCGGGAGAUACUUUAUUGCGAACCCAGAUCUGGUAUAUAGGUUCAAGGAAGGUCUGGACAUUACUCCCCACAACCGCAGGACUUUCUAUACUAGCGUUGCAGCUGAGGGCUACGUGGAUUACCCAUUUAGCCCGGAGUAUCUGGCGAGGCAGAAGACAAUCGUGCUAGAUCGGGUUUAG